UGACGAAGAUCUAACAUCUUUCUUCAUGUUUGUCCCUUGAUAUGAGCAUCACUUGUCUAUGAUGUCAUUUUAAAUACAUGGCCAUGCUUAUCUCUACCAAAUUCCAGUGACUCCAGGUGUUGUACUGCAUAUAUCGCAAAUAUACUCAUCGACCACGACUUAUAGUUUAGUCAGCCAAAGGUUGAAUAGCUGACUGAAAGUCAUAUUGGGCUUUCAGCUUCUGUAGAUUAAAAUUUUCAAAUGUAAACACUGUCGCAAAUAGAGUUAGACCCAAUUCGUUGAUUUGUUUUAACCGGAACUCAAACCGAGAGGCGAGAGUGAACCAAUAUUACUAGCACAAAAUAUAAACUGUAUGAAUAGACGCCUUAGCACGUCGCGAGCGACGAUCGCGACGGGCAUUCAUAACACUAUUAAUGAUCCCUUGACGAACACAAGUGCAGCAACGAUACUGACACCACCAACUUCUGUACACGACAAUGACGAGAAAAAGCCGAAACAUCCUUUUCCCUCAACUCGACGCCACUUCUUCAACAGCCGCAAUCGACCUUCAACUUCUUCUCGACAACAACAACCGAGCAUUCUGCAGCAGGCGCAUAUAAGAUUGUCAAGGCAUCCAAAACGUUUGGCAUUCAUUGCAUUACUCUUAACUAUUAUACUAUUCUGGAUUGCCCUGACGCACUCUUCUUCGGCAAGAGAAAUAGUAUACGUUCCGCUACGCGAUCAACCGCCUUAUGACGACUUACUUACAAAACGACAAUGUACAGCAACCUUAUGUAAUUCCGAAAACCAGUGCGCGACCUGGCGACCACACCACGAACAACAACACCACCAUGACGCAGAACAGUUGAAGCAAGAAGGCAUGUAUUGUAACGUGGCCAGAAUACAAGUUGAUCUUGGAUGCGAGUUGCUCCUUAAAAAGGCAGACGGUACCUGGAUGACGAUAACACAAGGGCAGCAAAUAGAUUGUGUGGAACAAGGUUGCCAUGAUGUGGUAGAAGCGGAUCUGCAAGGCGAUCUUUAUAUUCUUGCUUCUCAACUUAAACAAUUAAUAGCAGAUCCCGCAUACAUGGAUCGAGAAAUCAUAGUUGCGCAUACUGGAACACAACCAUCAUCAUCUUCGGAUCCAUCUUCUUCGUAUGACGUGACGCUUGUGUCUCAGUUUUCAGUCAACCGGCUCGACGUAUUCACUCAAGUGCUUGAUGCGUGGCCGGGACCCGUAUCAGUUGCAAUAUAUCUUACGGAACCCAACGACGUCAACCAAUUCAAAUCAUUUUUCGCAAUUCCAGCCAAUGUGAUUCAAUACUCUCGCGUCCAUAUUGUUGUGGUCAAGCCGGAUUAUACCAAUCCCGACCGUUUGAAAUACCCCAUCAACCACCUUCGCAACCUGGCCAUUACUGCCGCGACCACCUCGCAUGUGUUUGUCAUGGAUGCCGACUUUACACCCUCCGCUAACUUUUACGCACACGCCCAUGCCGAAUUGUUAUCGGCUCUUGGCGAGCGUGGCACCUAUUCGCGCACUGCCAUGGUCAUUCCGUGCUAUGCUAUUCUCGAGUCGCACAAGGACGAUCCACUUCCGCAAAACACAGCCGAAUUGUCUACACUCGUGUCAGAUGGUAUCGCUUAUAUUACGGAUCCAGGCACCGGACAUGGCCCGACAUUGGCAACAUCGAUGCAGCUAUUGAACGGCGGCGGCCCGGACUCGCUGUAUUACGAGGUCUGUUACGAAUCGCAAUGGGAGCCCUAUUAUAUUGUGCCACGAGAAACAACACCACUCUAUGAUGCUCGGUUCCGAAACCAAGGGGGUGACAAACAGUCGCAUGCACUCCAAUUGAAUGCACUUGGGUUCCAGUUUUUGGUCAGUAACCAUGCGUUUAUCUUGCACAAAGAUCAUUCAAAAAUGCAAUGGCCUGGUGGAGGCUUUUUCAAGUCGCAAAAGGAGAAAACACCUUGGAGCUACUUUGGCGAAUUCAUGCGGGAAAUGGAGGAGCUGUAUGGAAGUAAUGUGCGAUGGCCAAGGGGAUGCAGUGCAAAUGCCAUUGGGUGGCAAACUCAAUUAAGAAAUCCACUAGGUAUGGCGAUAGGUGCAUAACGCAUGAUUGCCAUCGACAUCCUUUUGUUCUUCCAUUUUAUUAACCUUUCUUACCACCCUGUCCAUUAUUGUGAUUUCCCCACUAUUACUCUAUUGGAGCACACAUGCUUAUUGAUCCCGUUGAUUGUACACGAACUUGUAAUCCAGCCCUGCUUCAUUUUUAUCGUUUAAUACUAUAUGACUACUACAUCGUCUAAAUCACAGAUUUCAAGACAGAGAAGUGUGUAUCAUAGUACAUUGCAGGCAAACAUACAUAAGGGAGUCCAAUUUGUGUG